AUCCAGAUUUUAAGGACCUUGGCAUUUUGAAACCAUUGCCAGUUUGUGAGUUUGAGAUGGGAGGACCUGAAGGAAUUGUGGAAUCUGUACAAAUUGUCAAAGAAGGAAAAGCUUCUGAAACUGAAGCAGUAGACUGUAAAUGGUACAUCCGAGCACCACCCCGAUCCAAGAUCUACUUGCGAUUCUUGGACUACGAGAUGCAGAAUUCCAAUGAAUGCAAAAGGAAUUUUGUGGCUGUCUAUGACGGAAGCAGCUCCGUGGAGGAUUUGAAAGCAAAGUUUUGCAGCACUGUUGCUAAUGAUGUUAUGCUGCGGACAGGUCUUGGUGUAAUCCGCAUGUGGGCAGAUGAAGGCAGUCGAAGCAGCCGAUUCCAGAUGCUCUUCACAUCUUUCCAAGAACCCCCUUGUGAAGCCAACACAUUCUUUUGCCACAGUAAUAUGUGUAUAAAUAAUACAUUGGUCUGCAAUGGACUCCAGAACUGUGUGUAUCCCUGGGAUGAAAACCACUGCAAAGAAAAAAGAAAAGCAAACCUAUUGGACCAGCUUACCAAUACCAGUGGGACUAUAAUUGGGGUGACUUCUUGCAUUGUGGUCAUCCUCAUUGUUAUCUCUAUUGUAGUACAGAUCAAGCAGCCUCGUAAAAAAUUUGUCCAAAGGAAAGCAGACUUUGAUCAAACAGUGUUCCAGGAGGUGUUUGAGCCUCCUCAUUAUGAGUUAUGCACCCUCAGAGGGACAGGAACUACAGCUGACCUUGCUGAUGUUGCAGAUGACUUUGAAAAGUAUCAUAAACUGCGGAGAUCCUCUUCAAAAUGCAUUCAUGACCAUCACUGUGGAUCACAAGUGUCUAGCAUUAAGGGCAGCCGUAGUAACCUCAGCACAAGAGAUGCUUCUGUCUUGACAGAAAUACAACCCCAGCCUGUAAAACCACUUGUUCAGCCCAUGAACAGGAGGAAUAUCCUUGUCAUGAAGCAUAGCUACUCACAAGAUGCUGCAGAUGCGUGUGAGAUAGAUGAAAUUGAAGAGGUACCAACCACAAGUCACAGGCUGUCCAGACAUGAUAAAGCUGUUCAGCGGUUCUGCCUCAUUGGGUCUCUAAGCAAACAUGAAUCUGAGUACAACACAACUAGGGUCUAAGAGAAAACCUGAGACUGCUUGAGAAUAGUGCGCUCCUGGGUGAUUUUGAACAUGCUACAAUGAAAUAUGAAACUAUCGUCCUUGGAAACACCAGCUAGAGGUUUUAUGGACUCUCUGACCAGCUAUUCUCAUAUCAUGACAAAAUUCAGCAAACAGUGUUGAGUAAAAUUACUAGAAGGCAAUAAGACUUUGGUUAUUAUGCUUAUCGGUCAUUUUUCUUUUUCUGUCUUCUUUUUUGUUGCAAGUUAAAUUCCCAAUUUCAGGAACAAUUUAUUGAAAUCAGGUAUUUAGCCAUUCAUAAUAACUUCAAUAGAAACGUUUGUUGGAUAAGCAUCUAGCAAUAUGGCUGAAUUUGACAUUGAGAAAUUAAUCUGCAUGUGUGUUACUGAAUAUUUGAGUUGGCAAAAAUCCCUUUAUUAGAUACAUUGUAAAAAGCAUGCAUUCACAAUUAUUGCUGUUACUGUUCCAUUUCUGUGUCAUAUGCUUGCUACUUGUAACUUUUUAUAUAAAGAUACAUAAAACAAUGUAUAAUAA